AUGCUUAGCUCCAAGAAGCUUGAAGUAAAAAUCUUCUGUCGACGUGGUUUUCAGAAACCGAAAGAAUCAAGGUCGUUGGCUGAACUAUUGUCCCAUGUGACAUGUGAGGGAUCAGUUGGUCACAUCAAGUGUGCAAGUGGGGCGCUAUUUCUGAUCAGCGUUAGAUAUGGACGCCGCGAUCGGACGACGUGCUCCCAAUUUAUUCCUGGCGAACGCACAAAGAAUACUAAUUGUUCUGUGAAUGGAGCUUCAGAACUUGAGAGAUGUGCGGCGGAAUCGGAGUGUACUGUCUCAGCCAGUAAUUUUGUGUUUGGAGAUCCCUGUCCUGGAACCUACAAGUACCUGGAGGUGCUUUAUAUAUGUCAAAAUCCAUUACCACGUAUUUCUCCCAAAAACGACCAUCAGAUCUGAUGUGCUGAGAAUGAAAUGCAUCACAAUCAAUAACAUCUACAGACCUUGUGAUCCACUGAUGUGCAGCUUCA